AUGUCCGGUGUGACCAAUUAUCCCAAUGCUUCGCGCGAGGGCCUCAAGGCCCAGUAUGUUGGGCGGAUGCUUCGCGAUGUUGACGGCCCAGCUGCGAUUAUAGACGUGGCUGUUGCACGUAAGAACUGCCAACUGAUGCUCGAUGCAGCAGAGGCCUUGGGGGUCCUUUUCCGCUCUCAUGUUAAGACUCACAAGACAACAGAGCUCACGAAGUUCCAAGUAGGGGAGCAGAGCAAUCCGGUUCGAUUGGUAGUUUCGACCCUCGCAGAAGCUGAGCAGCUACAGCCGUACCUCGAAGAAUGCAAAGCCAAUGGGAGGUCUAUAGACCUCAUUUAUGGCUUGCCUGUGCAACCGUCGAGCUUCAAACGGCUUACGGCGCUGGGUAAAUCGCUAGGAACUGCGAGUAUAUCCGUGCUUGUGGAUAAUCCAGAUAUUAUCCCCUUCCUUUCUCAAUACCGAGAGACCACAUCAGACACUCUUGGUGUCUUUAUCAAGCUUGAUACUGGCAAUAAUAGAGCCGGUAUUCUGCCGGAGUCCCAGCAAUUUAAAGACCUCGUUGCAGCAGUCCAUGCAGCCGAGCAUGAUGACUCUAUCGGAAUAUCACUACGCGGGUUUUACAGCCAUUUAGGCCACAGUUAUAGUUCGGAUAGCACCAAUGAAGCCAUGGAUUAUCUGGCGCAGGAGGUCGAACGAUGUGGGAUCGCUGCCGCCUAUGCCUCGACAGUGGGCAAAUAUUCAGGGAGCCGCUUUCUAAUUUCUGUUGGCGCGACCCCAACCACCACAGCGGCUCAGAAUCUCACCUCCCCUGAUACGGUUGACCCUACGAUUAAACGGGUCAAGGAGUUAUUUGAUCGCUCGAAGGAAUCCUACGACAUCGAACUACAUGCCGGCGCCUAUGUAACGCUGGAUAUGCAACAGCUAGCAGCACACGCCCGGCCAACCUCGUCACAUCUCUCUUUCAACGACAUAGCCUUGACCGUCCUGGCAGAGGUCGGAAGUCUAUACCCCCACAGAGAAAAGCCAGAAGCACUUGCCGCAUGCGGGAGCCUAUGUCUCGGUCGAGAAGCGUGUCGAAACUAUCCUGGCUGGGGAGUCGUCACGCCCUGGCUGGAAGGUGGUGAGGGAAUAAGGACGGCGGAAACCGGAUGGUAUGAUCCCGAAGGAGAUCGAAGGGGGUGGAUUAUGGAUCGGAUUAGCCAGGAACAUGGGAUUCUUGCGUGGCAUGGCCCACGAGAUAAGGUUCGGCUGCUGAAAAUCGGAGAGAAAAUUCGGAUUUGGCCCAAUCACUGCUGUAUUUGUAUAGCUGGGUUUAGCUAUGUGUUGGUGGUGGAUUCGAGCCUGGAAGGCGCUGAAAGGGAUAGAGUGCAAGAUGUGUGGUUCAGUUGGCGAGGAUGGUAG